AGAUGAUACCGCUUGCUAUGCUAUCCUUGACUGGACCACCGUCACAAUCACAGCGUUGCGGCUCGGUAGCAGAUCAUACGCAGUACCAUGGGACAACCACCCUUCUUUGCAUUGGGAACGUGCAUUAGCCCGUCUGUUCUAAGGCUUGGCUAUACAUGCGAUGCCCCGAACGAGUGUGACAUCGAUACAAUAACGCUGCAUAGAAGUACGCAAGUGCUGGCGUGGGUUUCGAGCGAGCACGAUCCUAACCCAAGCUUGUCAAUGCUGUGCCACCUCAGGCGUUUUGCCGCUUUCUCUGUAAGCGAUGGACCCACAUGUCGUUCAGCCUGUCAAGCAUGUUGUCUUCAGCCACGAGACACAUUGUCUAUGCAACAAUAUUGCCUCAUUACUCCCAGCAUGAUGGCAUAUUUCGAUAGCUGUAUGUAGUGUGAGAAACAGGUCUUCGCGCGUGGACGCUGUGACGCAAUACAAGAAAAGAGUCCACGUGCUGGAGCUGGGACCAAAUUGUAACUCACGCAUACGCCGCCGCAUCGC